AUGGCCAAACCGGUCUUUGGUCGAAAGUCCCCCGAGGCGUCCCCAAUACGCCCGGAAAGCGUCACAUACUUUCAUGGAAAGAUUACUAGAGAUCAAGCUGAAGCUGUUUUAAUGGCCAACAAGGCCAUCGAAGGCAUGUUCCUGCUGAGGGAGAGCGUCAACCAGAAUUACGCCAUAUCAAUAUGCCACGAUGGUCGAGUGCACCACUAUAAUAUCGAAAAACAGCUGGAUGGAACUUAUCAGAUUCCCACAGGCAAGUCUUAUUGUUGGAAAUUUCCGGGACCAGUGGAAUUAGUCCACAAUCACAUGAAAAACUUGGAUGGUUUCCUGACUUUGGCACGUGUUCCUCUGGAAAGAGCUCCCGGCGAGACUCCGGUCGUACUUCAGGGGGUUCGCAGUGCAGAGCUGGAGGAGAAACUCCGCCUAAAGGCCAUGGAGAUGGGCUUAAAGGUUGGCUUUUACAACCCCGUUCAAAUUUAA